AUGCCGCCUUCUCGCGAGUCGAUGCAGAACCGUGGGGAUGAGGACGAGGUCUGCCCCGUCUGCAAAUCCUCGCGGUACUUGAAUCCGGACAUGCAAUUCCUCAUAAAUCCAGAAUGUUAUCACAAGAUGUGUGAAUCAUGCGUGGAUCGUAUUUUCUCCUCGGGUCCCGCCAACUGCCCUGUAGCCGGGUGCCACAAGACCUUACGAAAGAAUCGAUUUCGAAAACAGACGUUCGAAGAUAUACACGUAGAACGGGAGGUUGAUAUACGGCGCAGAGUCAUGCAGAUUCUCAACCGUCGCGAAGAGGAAUUUGACUCGAAGCGAGCCUGGGAUGACUUUCUCGAACAACGCGAGGAGAUCAUCGCGAAUCUUGUCCAUGGCACUGACGUAGCCAAAACUGAAGCCGAUCUCCAGAAAUAUGCGCAAGAGAACAUGCGCUCUAUCCGCGCCAACCAAGCCUUGGAGGCCCAGGAAGCUUCUUCUUUCCAGGCACGACAGACUGAAGAGCAGGAGCUGGCUCGUCUCCGCAGGGAGGCGGUAAGACAGGAGUACGAGAAUGAGCGCCGGGAGCUUCUUGCUGGACGAGAGGAUGUUCUCAGUCGUCUUGCCGCUGGACGCCCAGGAGACGCUGCCACGAUUGCACGUGAAGGCCAGAAAGUCCUUCUCAAGAAGUCGUCUGCCCGACGAAGUGAAGAGGACCGUAUUCGACAGAAGCAAGCUGCCCUACGUAACUCGGAUGCUAGAAAGGCUGGACAAGCUGGGACUACAUCAACCGAUAAGGCUGGCGAUGCCGGUGAUACUGGCCUUAUUAAGGGCCUCAAGAGAAUCAAAACACCGGAACCCGAGAAGCCUUACGAUCCAUUUGGUGGAAUACUUCCGGACAAACGGGACUAUUACACCUUGCGAGACUUCUACCCGUCCAGUUAUCUUGACCCUAUUAGACAAGAUACUCGCAUGCAGGCUGGCGGAUAUGAUCUUAGAGAGUACUAUUCGCGCACACUGCUCGAGGCAUUCGCUGGGCUGGGAUGCUUCAUCGAUGAAGAGGUAUCAGAACGGGAAGCGGCGAAUAUGAAUACUGUUGCAACAGAAGGUGCCGCCAUGGCUGCGGCUUCGAGCGGCCCCGCGGGCAAUGCGUAA